CUGAUUGGAAAUUCUUUGUCACGAAAGUGUGUUGGUUUUGGAGACGUGAGGUUGCAGGUUUAGGAAAUUUUCUUUUAUAGGUGAAAAAUGCCAGCCGGAGCUCCGUUAUUUGGUAACAUACAGUCACGCUCACAGAGCAAAAAUCUUGUGGAAUGUAAAGCAGGAAAAAUGACAUUGAAAGGAAAAAUGGUACACCCCGACAAGAGGAAAGGACUUCUAUACGUUUAUCAGUCGGAUGAUUCGUUGAUGCAUUUUUGCUGGAAAGAUCGACAGAGUGGUACUGUAGAGGAUGAUUUAAUUAUUUUCCCUGAUGACUGUGAAUUUAAACGCGUAACUCAAUGCACAACGGGUCGUGUUUAUGUACUAAAAUUCAAAUCUUCCAACCGAAAAUUCUUCUUUUGGAUUCAGGAACCAAAGACUGAUAAAGAUGAAGAAAACUGCCGUCGUAUUAAUGAAGUUCUGAACAAUCCACCAACUCCUGGUUCUCAGAGAAGUGGGGGAGGCACACCAGAUGGAGACUUGCAAAGUUUGCUGAACAACAUGUCUCAACAGCAGCUAAUGCAGCUCUUCGGUGGAGUUGGACAAAUAGGUGGCCUGUCAAGUUUGUUGGGCACCAUGGGUAGACGUGGACCGUCAUCUGGUACCCAGGGUAGCUCUCGCUCAGGCACAACUACCUCCACUACUAGUUCAGCUAGUGCCACAACUGGGAGUACAACCACUACAAGCAGUUCUGCUCCUGCUGCUACUACAACUACAGCAGCCCAACCUGCAGUCUCAACAGCAGGAAAGGAAACCUCGGAGAAACCUGCUACAGCAGUUAAUCCUCCAGCAAUUCAGCUCAGUGAUCUUCAGAACUUCUUAUCUGGUCUCAAUGUCCCUACUCCUGAAACUACUACUCAGAGAACAGUGGAUCUGGCAUCGACAAUCACAUCUGAAAACCUGCAGACGUUGUUGAGAAAUACAGAAUUGGUGACAGAAUUACUGCAGCAUGUGCCAUCAGUUGAAGAGUCUUCAUCUACUGUGCCUCCAUCUGAACAACUUCGUUCAACCCUUGCAUCACCUCAGUUCCAGCAGGCCCUUAGUAUGUUCAGUGCAGCAUUACAGUCAGGACAACUUGGGCCUGUUGUGCAGCAAUUUGAAGUAGGCCCGGAGGCAGUAGAUGCUGCUAAUCAGGGUAAUAUGGAAGAGUUCGUGAAAGCAUUACAGAAGGCGUCUAUAAGCAAGGAUGAGUCAUCAGCUCAAGGCACGAGCCGUGCACCCAAGGAAGAUGAAAAGAAACAGCCAGGAGGUGAUGAGAAACGAAAGAAAACUGAUGGUGGUUCUGGUGGUAGUGAUAAAAAGGACGAUGACGAUGAGGAGUGGAUGACUACCGAUUAGCAGCAGAAUUUUAGAGGUUUAUUUAAGAAGUUCAUAUGUCUAAUUUUGAUAAUGUUGGAAUAAUGUGAUAAGUAUCUGUUGGUUCGGAUUGGAGCAUUAUUGCCAAAAACUUGUUACAAGAGGCCCGUGAAAAUGGUUUGUCAUGGAAAUACAGUGUUAAGACAUUCUCUGAGGUAGUGAGGUGUGUAGAAUGGAAAUACUUAGCACAGGCAAAUUCACAGGCUUGAUUUUAAUCAUGAGAGGUUUGCAGUACUUACGCAGUUAAAGAAUAGCUUAUGUAGUUAAAGAUCAACACUGAAGGAACUGUUGAAAUUUUCAUGAGCGUGACCUAAGCAUCUCAUUAUCAGCACAAGUCAGUCAGUCAGUCUGUAAUGAAAAUGAAGAGAAAUUAGAAAACUUGAGUGAAGCAUGUCGAAGCGCUCAUUUCCUUUUUCAAGUUGUGAGUUUGUCUGUGCACCGAUAAAUUGCCUUUCACAAAUACUUUAGUGUUUCUUCACUUAUAAUAGAUUUGUUAAAUCUAUACUGAGACUAUAAACUAGAUAAUCAAAAUUCAAAUUAUAAAUUAGAUAAUUAGGUAAAUGCAUUUCGUCGUCCAAGGAGGAAUCGUUGAGCAGAAUGAGUGGACGAACACGUACAAUAGCUCACAUUUUAUUAUAAAAAUGCCUUUUGCUGCAAAUGAGGAGAACAUACUUUUCAUCUCAGCUGUUGAGCUCUUAAUACUUAGUGAGGUAGUGCUAUAACGUAUUAGUAUGUUUCACAUUUGCAGUGACAACAUGUAGUGAAAUUAUGAAGUGAACCACUUUAAAACUAUAGCAACAAAUCAUUUUGAUGAACAAGAAAAUCAUUUUUGGUGGUUUCAAGAAGUGUUAAAUCUAUCAUUAGUAAAGACUAACCACAUUAUUUAUGAUCACAGUGUGCUCAGCCUUAAAAAAUGUACCUUGUUAUGCGAGUGUUCCUAUUUAUAGUUCACACUGUUAAGCUCAUUUAUGGUCUCAGCUGCAUCAAGAAAAGGCUUAUUUUUUUACCUUCUGGAAAUACAUAUAAUUUUUUGUUAAUGAAGCACUUUGAAAUAUGCCCUUGUUGCAGAUGAACAUUUUGUGAAGCUAAUAACUUUUCGUGUGUAUUUGUGCCAGUGUUCACACAUUCAUGGAAUUUCCUGCUACUACUAAAUGUUGACGGUGAUUUUUUUUCAAUAAUCAGUUUUAGUAGGUUUAGUGUGAUUUAUAUUAAACACAAACAGUUGAUUGUAUAAUACAUUGUGUUGCAAUA